UGAGCAUGCUCAGUUGCAGCGGAAACAAAAAGCAGCAGGAAAGGGGCCGUUCAUUCUCCGUCGUCUCUGCCGGGAGCUCGACCGGGGGCCAUGAGCGGCUGGCCGGGGCUGAGGACGGACUGCGAGGGGCUGCUGCAGCAUUUCCAGAAUGCCGACAGUGUCCGUUUCGAGGACUUCGCCUUACUCUGGAAGCAGCACCGCUUCCACACCAUCUUCUAUGGUAAAAUAAGGCCUUUGGAGCAGACGAAAUUCUCCAAAGAAGCUUUAGCUCUGGUGUGGCCAUACUUCUUGCCGCCUCAUGCUUUCCAGAUCAGAGUUGGUGCCCUUUAUCUUCUGUAUGGAUUAUACAAUAUGCAGCUCUGUCAGCCAAAGCAGAAGAUCAGAGUUUCACUCAAAGAUUGGGAGGAAGUCCAGAAAUUUCAACAGGAGCUAUUAGAUGCACGGCACUAUGAUGCAGCUUAUGUUUUCAGGAAGCUUCGAGUGGACAAAGCAUUCUACUUUACAGCCAUGCCCAAACUACUUUCAUUUAGAACUAAAAAGAACAUGGACAGCAGUACUGAAACAAAGCAGGAAUUCAAGGGUCCAGAUGACAGAGUUGCUGGGCUUAGUACGGCUGACUGUUUAGAGGAAAUGCAAAAUGUUCAUGACCACUACCAAAAAAUGAAAUGUUUGAUCUCCAUGGACCAAUCCCAGCCAGACAAGGCUCUUAAUCUAAUCAAAGAUGACUUUGUAACCAACUUCAGGGAUAUAAUUUCGGAGUACCAGCAGUGGCAGAAGAACAAGGUGGAGUCACCCUUCAUAACUGCAGGUGAAGAAGCGAUGAAGGCAAAGGAAGGAUCUUCGCGAGAAUCUGAAGGGUCUGAAAGAGCCAGAGCAUUAGCUGACAUCAAAUUCAAGUCUUACUCUGCAGUUGCUCAGGCUUCUAAAUCAAGACGACAUCGUCAAGUUAAGCUGGAGUCUUCUGAAUAUGAGUCAGAUCACAGAAAAUCACCCAGGGGCAAAAGAGCCAGGAAGAGGUUACAGCCUGUGAGGAGGAAAGAGACUCAGCAAAACAGAGGAGCGUUGCAAGCCAUAAAGGAAGAAGGAGUUGGCCGGAUCCUGAGUAUGCCUGUGAUUACAGAGGAUGAGGAAGAUGAUGAUGCUGAGGAAGACCACCACUCUAGUGAUGAAGCUUUUGUACCCUUCAAGAGGAAAAGGACUCGUUAAAAGGUUAUCUAAAUGGAAAACGCCAUGUAGGAAUUGAGUUUGUGUGAUUGCAAUGUUUCUGCAGCCAGUGGAAGAGGCAACGCUGGUAGUCCAAAGCCAUAAAGAAAAUGUACGCAUCCACUCUUUUUUUGUGUCAAGAAGGCAAAAAAGAACCCACAGAAAACUCAAAUUAAGGAAGAGUAACUCAGUGGUAUUUAAAAUAAAGUUUUGGUAGAGAAAACCUUGUGAA